UAGUUUUUUUUCCUUUUCUGAUUUUUGGAAAACGCUUAUCACUAUGUCGGAAACGGCGCCUGUUGCAGCUCCUGCUGUCUCCGCUCCUGGGGCAAAAACCUCCGCUAAAAAAACGAAGAAGACGCCAGCUACUUCUAAAGCCCGCAAGCCUCCAGGUCCCAGCGUGACCGAGCUGAUCACCAAAGCGGUGUCCGCUUCCAAGGAGCGCAAAGGGGUCUCGCUGGCAGCUGUUAAGAAGGCUCUGGCCGCCGGAGGGUACGAUGUGGAGAAAAGCAACAGCCGCAUCAAGCUGGGGCUCAAGAGCCUGGUGAGCAAGGGCACCUUGGUGCAGACCAAAGGCACCGGCGCCUCGGGCUCUUUUAAACUCAAUAAGAAGCCUGGCGAGGCCAAGGAAAAGGCGCCGAAGAAAAAGCCAGCGGCAAAGCCUAAGAAACCAGCUGCCAAGAAGCCCGCCAGCGCCGCCAAGAAACCCAAAAAGGCUGCGGCCGUGAAAAAGAGCCCGAAAAAAGCCAAGAAACCAGCAGCUGCCGCAGCUAAAAAAACGGCCAAGAGCCCGAAAAAGGUGAAAGCCGCCAAGCCUAAGAAGGCAGCCAAGAGCCCGGCUAAGGCCAAAGCGGUGAAGCCCAAGGCGGCCAAGCCCAAGCCGACGAAGCCUAAAGCAACGAAGGCUAAGAAGGCAGCGCCCAAGAAGAAGUAAAGGGGCUAGAAAAAAAUGUGUCAUGCAGAGAAAUCCAACGGCUCUUUUAAGAGCCACCCACCCUUUCCCAGAGGAGCUGAAACACCAGCUGGCAGUGGUGGGAUCAGGAUUAAUCCCGUUGGUGAGUUUGAAAAGCCCGCGCUUUGCAAGGAUUGGCCUCUGGCAACUCGUCCCCGCUUCUCUUAUUGGAGGUAGGGAGAGUCACUGUUAAAUCCAUAGUUUCCCAUGUAAGAUGGUGAGUUGUGUGUGGAGUACUGUCAAUUUACCAAGUACAAAAUACCUCACACGGGGAUUUUUGUUUAUCUUCAAAUCAGAUUCGUCGGGCACUUGGAAACUUUUAUUCUCUGAAAGCAGAGCACUACUAACGGGGCAGGAGGGGGAGGAAGCAUUUUUCAUUGUUCUCCCUUUUUCCUUGAUUAAUACCUGUUCUGUUCAUACUGUCCUCCAUCGCCACCUCUGCUUUCUAUCCUUGUUUCUCUCCCGGGCUGUGCUUUCAGUCUUUUACCCAAUUCUCUAGAAAUCACAUCCUUACUGAUGCUUCUCAGAAUGACCUUCACUCGAAUACAUUAGGAAUUCCCUAAGAGUUGGGAAGGACAUUUAGAUCUAGUGUAAACCUCUGCCAGUUGUUCCAACUGAUAACAACCAGUUGAGAUUGCUAUCCCGUAUGUGGACCUGCCAUUGGAGAAGAAGGAAACACAUUUGUUCCAGAGGGUUUUACAGAUAUUUUCUUACAACACAAGAAUGUUGAGAUUCAGGAAUCCUAGGUUUUAUUCCAGACUCUAGAGGGGAGUGUUUUCUAUAGUUACAGACCCUUCUGCCCCUUUCCAUCUUUAGUGUGACCCCUUCUAUACAGACCCUUCUAACUUGUCUAUGUCCUAGUCCUCCCCCUUCACCAUCUCCUGUCUCCUGCUCCCUCACCAAGCUCUUCACCCCUCUGUAUUCCGGUUGAAUAUAUGCUCCUUCAUCCUGCCUACAUGCCAAAAGUGGGGGCAUGCAAACUAUAGAAAAGACAGUCUCCCUGCUUUAAUUUCCAGUGCCUGAAACCACAGUGAUCCUUGAUAGAUGCCAGGAGUUUUUGCAGGGGAAGUUCUGCUCAACUGUCUGAGGAGGGACAAUAGUAAGGGAAGCCAAUCUUCAGACAAUUUAGGUGCUAAACGAAAAAUGCUCUGCUGAACAUGUAUGGACUGAGAGUUUUCAGAGGCUAAUAACUUGGCCACACUGUGAUAGAUUUUCAUGGGGAUAACAAAAAGGAUAUCCCUGACACUUUUGUGGCCAGUCUGUUAAUGUCAAGUAUGUGCCUCAAAGCAUAGAGGAGAUUGAGCAUCUCAAGACAACAAUUGUGAGAACAUUUUAAUGUGGGCAAUAAAAUGUAUUUCCCCCCAAC